AUGACAAAUGAAUAUAUGAUUGAAUAUCAUAAUAUAACAGAAGUUACAUCAUCUUCUGUAAUAUUUCCGACGGGACGGACCACUCGUUCACAGGGCAAGUUACGUAUACGUUAUUGGGCUAAUCGAACUGCAGCGACGUCUACGUUGAAUUCGAGAAUUAUUGAUGACGCUAUCGCGUCAUAUUUAAAUAAAACACACAUGAUCUCUCAUGUGGACGACCGCAAAUUAUAUGUUGAGAAAGGACAAUCUAAUCCUAUUAAUACCAAUUGGAUAUUGUUUGUCUUAUCUAUGACGUUCAUUCUCCUCAACUAA